UUGGACCAAUCAGUCUACGGUUCAGUCUACUGUCGGGCGCGCGCGCGAGUGUGUUAGCUCUGUGUUUGUACUGCAGCCCUCUUCACACACAGUCGCUCACAGGCUGCUGUAAGGUUGGAAAGCGUUGUGCCUCACAGUCCGGGUCUUCCUGCUCCAAAACAAAGAAAAGCGCCCUCCGUGCUGCCCGACUUUAACCGGAUCCCGUGUGACAUUUGACGGACACUCUUGCUUCUUAUUUCCCCUCAUUUUGCUUGAGCGAUCGGCUUGUGAAGGGGCUGACAGGCGGCUUCUUUCCCCUUUUCCCUCUUCUUCUUUGGAGGCAUGUGAUACAUCCAGGACACUGAGGCGGGUUUCACGGAUGUUACAGGGAGAACAGGAGGAGGAAGGAGGCUUUUCUUUCAUUGUGGAUGCGCCUGGCUUUUCUCGGGGCACUAGCUAGCUGUUGCAUGGCAGACACGUUAAAAACAGGAUGGACAUUGAGUCUGGAGCUGAAAGGCUUUAUUUUAACGUUGUGACGUGAAUUAUUUUUAACCCCGCACUGACAGUUGCUUUUGGGUUUUUUGUUGCUCUUUUUUGUGAGGUGGUGGCUAAACGCUGGUCAAACACCCCGGGAAGGAGCAGCUCAGGCGCGGCCAGGCGAGCCAACAAUGCGGAUUACCUCCUGACUGUUUGCCUUUGUGUGCUCACACUGCAGAAAGUUUCAGAUAAAAAAAACUCGCGGGACGAACAGCCACUACAUCCUCUGCCACUCAGUUCAUUGUCUCGGAAAGUAGACACCGUGUCACACCGUGGGGGGCUGUAAUCCUCACACGUGAGCGGGAUCUCUGUGAAGCCGCGUGGAGACUAGAAAAGACCCAACAGGGACAGCAACCAUGGCGAACGACUCUGUCCAAAGUGACCCAGGCGGGCUGUCUGUUCUGGAGCAGCUCGGUUUGGACCAGAACUCCGACUUCUCCGACUCGAGCGUUCAGCAGCUCUUGGACGAGCAGCGGGAGAGGAUCCGCAGGGAGAUCCGGAAGGAGCUGAAGAUCAAGGAGGGUGCGGAGAACUUGCGCCGCGCCACGACUGACAAGAGGAACGCACAUCAGGUGGACAGUCAGCUGCGCUCUUCGAACCGAAAGCUGGACAAUCUGCAUGCUCAGCUGCAGGAGCUGGAUGCUCACAUCGUGGUGAAAGGAGGAGAGGAGAGCAAAGAUGAAUGUCCCGGGUCUCCGGGGGCGGAGAGUUGCACGUCAGCCCACAAGGAGCGCAUCGCCGCCCUGGAAAGGCAGCUCAACAUCGAGCUCAAAGUCAAACAGGGGGUGGAGAAUAUGAUCCCCAUCUACGCCAACGGAUCAACAAAGGAUAAGAAAAUGUUGCAGACGGCCCAGCAGAUGCUGCAGGACAGCAAGACCAAAAUCGACAUCAUCCGGAUGCAAAUACGGAAAGCCGUGCAGGCCACUGAGCACACCGAGGACACACCGAGUAACCACGACCUCUGUGGGGUGGAGCUGCGCAUCGAAGAGCUGAGACAUCACUACAGGGUGGAGCACGCUGUCGCCGAGGGGGCCAAAAAUGUCCUGCGUCUCCUCGGGGCCAGCAAGGUUCAGGACAAGAAGGCGCUGUCUGAGGCUCAGUCCCGUCUCAGUGAAGCAUCUCAGCGGCUGGACCUCCUCAGGGACUCCUUGGACCAGCGCUUGGCAGAACUGCCAGAGGACCAUCCAAAGGCCAGCAUCAUCAAGGAGGAGCUGGUUCUGGCCUCCUCACCAGCCUUCAGCUCCCGCCACGGCGCCCCCUAUCUGCAGAACCAAUAUAGCACCCUGAACAAGCCCUCUCCUCUCACUGGCACCCUGCAGGUGCAGCUGCUGGGCUGCGUCGGAUUGUUGGAGGUUGUCCCAGGUCGCAGUAAAGGGACAUCUGUCACGCUGCCCUGCUACAGCCCUGGAGACACAAAGUCCUUCAUGAGAGGCAGCAAGGGACUGUACGGACGCAGCGGCUCUGUCAGCGGGAAGACGCCCAGCAAGACGGAGGAACUGUCCUCUGAGGUGAGCGCGGUGCUGAAGUUGGACAACACUGUGGUCGGACAGACGGCCUGGAGGACUGUAGGAGAGCAGGCCUGGGAUCAGACCUUCACUGUAGAGCUGGAAAGGUCAAGAGAGUUGGAGAUCGCAGUUUACUGGAAGGAUUAUCGCUCACUUUGUGCCCUGAAGUACCUGAAGCUGGAGGAGUUCCUGGACAACCAGAAACACCGAGUCCAGGUGGAGCUGGAGCCUCAGGGCCUGCUGCUGGCCGAGGUGACCUUCUUUAACCCGGUCAUCGAGAGAGUUCCUCGCCUUCAAAGACAAAAGAAAAUCUUUUCAAAGCAGCAAGGCAAGGCGUUCCUCCGGGCGCGUCAGAUGAACGUGGACAUCGGGACCUGGGUGAGGUUGCUGCGAAACGCAAUUCCCACCGUGAACAACUCGGGAACCUACAGUCCCAACGCUCACAGCCUGACUCUGAGCUCUGGGGAGAUCUCAGUGGAGAAAUUGAGUCUGGACAACGACUCUCCGAUAAGAGGAGAUUUCAAGAGAGAAACGGACACUCUCACUCCAGUGAGGCAGGCAGAGAAAGAGGAAAACCAGGAUAUAGGGGAGGAUCACCCGGCAGUCAUCGAGUCCCUCUCUCCCCAAGACCAAAUCCCCGAGUCCCCUGUCCGAACCCCACCUGCUAACAGGCAAAAGAAAGGGCCUCUGUCCAUUCAGGACUUCAAGCUCAUAGCUGUGCUGGGAAGGGGACACUUUGGGAAGGUGCUGCUGUCAGAGUACAGGAAGACGGGCACAAUGUACGCCAUCAAAGCCCUGAAGAAAGGAGACAUAAUCGCUCGGGAUGAGGUGGAAAGUCUGAUGUGUGAGAAGCGCAUCUUUGAGAUCGUGAACAUGUCUCACCAUCCCUUCCUGGUCAACCUGUUUGCAUGCUUCCAAACGCCGGAGCAUGUUUGCUUCGUCAUGGAGUACACGGCGGGAGGCGACCUGAUGAUGCACAUCCACACCGACGUUUUCACAGAGCCAAGAGCCGUGUUUUACGCUGCCUGUGUGGUUCUUGGACUUCAGUUCCUUCAUGACCAUAAGAUUGUGUACAGAGACCUCAAGCUCGACAACCUGCUGCUAGAUAUGGAUGGUUACGUAAAGAUUGCUGACUUUGGGCUUUGCAAAGAAGGAAUGGGCUAUGGGGACCGCACAAGCACGUUCUGUGGGACCCCGGAGUUUUUGGCCCCGGAGGUCCUGACGGAUACGUCUUACACCAGAGCCGUGGACUGGUGGGGCCUCGGGGUUCUCAUCUAUGAAAUGUUGGUGGGAGAGUCUCCAUUCCCUGGUGAUGAUGAAGAGGAGGUGUUCGACAGCAUUGUGAAUGACGAAGUCCGCUACCCCCGCUUCCUCUCCACUGAGGCCAUUGGCAUCAUGAGACGACUGUUGAGGAGGAACCCAGAGAGAAGGCUGGGAUCAGGAGAGAAGGAUGCAGAGGAGGUGAAGAAGCAGCCGUUUUUCAGAAACGUGGACUGGGAGGCGCUGCUGCAGAGGAAGGUCCCCCCUCCCUUCGUCCCGUCUAUUCGCAGCAAGGAAGACGUCAGCAACUUCGACGAGGAGUUCACCACGGAGCCUCCGGCGCUGACGCCGCCACGCGAGGUGCGCUCCCUCUCCCGCAGAGACCAGGAGGGCUUCAGAGACUUCGAUUACGUCUCGGACCUCUGCUAAUUUACCGAAACCGCGGGCCUCUGAGGAAGGAAUGUUGGGUAUUUUCAAAGGCUUCGUCGAAGAUUCAGCCUCCCGCCGGACGAUACGAGCUCCCGUCUGCUAUUACACUGUGAAUGAACGAAGAGACUGAGAGUUUGGUGUGUCUGCUUUUUAAAGAUUGUGAUCUGACUAAAUCAGAGCUAGGGCAGGUAGUUGUUGGGCUUAGACGCUCCAUCACAACAAAGAAACAAACGUAAAACCCUUCAUCCAGUCGGCGUACACCAGAGGGAAAAUGCUGGCCUACGACUGGUUUGUGUACCGUUGACUGUUUUGGGUUUUCUCUGUGGCCUCUCAAACCAAUGCCUUACAUUUUUACUUCUGUGUGUUUUGUCACCCUUUGUAAACAGAUUAAAAAAGUGUGCAGUGGUAAAAGAAAAACAGAGAGUCUGUGCUCAGAAUUUGGUGAUUUAUGGGGUAUAAAGAAAACCACUGCUGUGGAUUAUUCUGAUGUCCACAAACAUCUUUUUAAAACUGUGCUGCUUUGAUUUUAUGUCUGUAAUUUGCAAAUAAGCUGUAUUUAAUGCUUCAUUUGUGCAUUAUUCAGCAUCCAGCACAUUUUUUUUUAUUACAUAUUUUCAUUGGUAGAUGUAAUUUAAAAGUGUAGCAGAAAAACACUCAGAAGUCAGCAUUUAAGCUAUACUGCACACAGGUUAGCAAAGGAAAACACUAAACUGUAAUGCAUCAUGUUGUUACUUAUAAACUACAUGCUACCAGAGUGUCUUCUACAUCAGGGGUGUCCAAAGUGUGGCUUGGGGGCCAUUUCUGGCCUUUGGAACCAUUUUGUAUGGCCAUGUGAGAAUGCAACAAACCUGAACCUGCACAAUAAUUUAAUUCUUUACAAAUUUACUUUGUCUUUAAUUGAAAAUGUUGGACACAAAGAAUUUUUCUUUUACUAGCCAUAUUUUCUUUUAAUUUUCAUUUUUAUUUCAUCGUAAGAAGCCGUAAACGUCCAGCAACUUUUUACUUUAAAAAAAAACAAAACAAAACAAAGCAAAUGUUUCUCGGCCCAGUAAGCCCAAAAAUUUCGGAAACUAUCCACCAUUUAUUAUGAGAAAAAGUUGCCACUUUGUUUCAUUAAUGUUGAAUUUGUUGAUGAGCAGAUAAGAAAUGUAACUUAUUUUGCGCUUCAAGGCAGAAAAAUGUAAGAUCAACUUUGGAAUUCUGGCUCAUGUUGCAAAUGUUUGGACACCCCUGUUUUACAUAAAAUAAGCCAUUUCUUCCAGGAGCAUUAAAUCUUUAAGCUCAAUGGUUGCACUCUUGUGUUUCCCCAGGAUAAGACUAGUUGAUAUCAAAGUCAAAAGGAUAACAAACCUUUUCUUUGUGCAGCGGAUGUCGCUGCUAUACAUUUCUUCAUAAAUGGUCCCAUGAGAGUACAACAGAGGAAUAUUUGUUGCAUUAACAAUUGAUCCCAUUUUACAAAAGACAUUUAGAGUACAGGAGUAGUCUGUUUUGAAACUGUAUGAUUAUGUGGAUUUUCCUUGCGUACAAUGAAGAAGUACCAUAAAACAUAUGAAAUUACAUCUUUUAUAAAGAAAUCCUGCAGUGAACAAUA